AUGGCGACCACAACUUCCGGAGGUUCCCCUGCGACCACGAGUCUUCCUCCAGACUUUGAUGCAUGGACGCAGACCUUCACGCUGCUCUACCCCGACGGCACUGAGUUCCAAGCCUCCAUGGGCGACCUCAACUACCUUCGCCUAUACGGCUUUCGGAUCGCCAUCAAUUGGGCUACGCAGAUCGGAGCGUCUCUUGUUCUGCUUCUCGUUCUCAUCCUGCUGACGAAGCGCGAGAAGAGGAAGUCCUCCAUCUUCAUCAUGAACGCCCUGUGCCUUAUCCUGAACACCAUUCGUUCUCUCCUCCAAUGUAUCUGGCUCACUGGCGAGUGGUUCGAUCCUUACACUGUGGUUUCUGCCGACUACAGCCGCAUUACUGCCUCAGACCGAGCCAACACGAUUGCUUCUAACACCAUCCUGACUCUACUCGUCAUCUGCAUCUUUGUCUCAUUGAGCCUUCAAGUUUGGGUCGUGUGCGUCACCGCCAAACCAGUCCAUCGCCUGCUCAUCAUGGGUGCCACCACUCUGGUGGCCUUGGUUGCACUCGGUUAUCGGUUCGCUGUCCAGACCAUUAGCAACAUCCAGACGAUGAAGGACGAGGGCAUGGAACCAUACCACAAGCUCAUAACGGACAUGAACAUCACUCAGGCCGUGGCUAUUUGGUUCUACUGCUGUGUCUUCACAUUCAAGCUGGGCUACGCCUUGAUCCAGCGCAGGAAGCUGAAGAUGAAUCAGUUUGGACCGAUGCAGGUCAUCUUCAUUAUGGGUUGCCAGACCAUGAUCAUUCCAGCGAUCUUCACAAGCCUCCAAUUCUACGACACCAUCCCCGAGCUCGGUUCGCAGGGCAUCACAGUCAUAUGCAUCUUCUUGCCCCUCUCCGCCAUCUGGGCCGGCCUGGUCGCGUCCGAUGCGAACGUCGGCUUCCGCGGCGCGGACGCUCAUCAGCGACUCCUCAGGGACCAGUUCUACCGCAGCAGCCAGGCCGCCUCCACAGAAGGCGAGAAAAGCGGUAGCAUGUCCACCGCUUGCUACUCCCACAACGGCAAGGAACCCGAGAGCCCUACCAGCCCUAUCGGAACACAUCGCACCAAGGACUCAGUGGACGACACCGCCAUCUACGUCGGCCGGGAUUGGACCAUUGAGGCAGGGGAGCGCUCUGAUAUGGCAUGA